CUAAGACAGACAGGCACAUUUCCAUCAUGGGGACACAUCAACCCCAAUAUCAUACUCUUUGGACUUUUAUACUGUUGUGCUGUUUUAUUAUUCCUGUUCGGACUGAUGCACAUGGGAACGAAGUGUCUGAAAUUAAGGAACAAUUUACGAACAAGCUUAAUGAGCUCAUCUACGCCGCCAACAAAAGUUCGCCACAAUGCAAUUUUUACAAUGCCAGAAUGUGUUUCAUGAAGAUGGCAAAUGCGACAAUGGACGCCGUCACAAAAGAAGACGAAAAGGACGACUACUGUCGAGAAGUUGAUAGAAUGUCGUCUUGUGUAGAAUGGAGUAUGUCAGACUGCCCAUCAGAAUAUUCAUGGCCAGGUCUACGAGUAGUCCAUCCAUUUGUCAGUUUACUGAAGGCAAUAAAAUCAACCGUAUGUUCACCGGGUUUUCGAAAUGACAAAGAGGACGAUGAUGAAAAGUGUAAUAUGGAUACCAUAUCCCAAUGCAUUGUGGGAUUUGUGUACAUUGCUGCUGACACUUCCACAGUUAACACAUGCUGGCAAGCAAAGCAGACUCACAAAUGUCUGUCUACAGCUACACAACAUUGUAAAAGUCUUCAGAUUAAAAAUAUGGUUUCCAUGGUGAAUGGACUAUUGUCACAAACAGCGAGAGAAUCAUGUGUAGAACCAGGAUGUAAUGUUCCUAUAGCCAAAGAAUGUUUUGAAGCAACAAAAGCCAUUUUACUUUCUCCUGUCGGUGGUUUAGAAAAAUCUCCAGUUCUAUGUGGAGCAAUGAUGGAAAUGAUGUCCUGCGUAUCAAAGAACACUAUGAAUUGUGAAUAUGAAGUUUAUCAAGAAUGGGGAGAUCAUAUGAUACAUUUACAUGAAAUUACCAACAAAACCUGCCAAAACAACACUUUAACUAUGUCAAUGACUCAGCCAUUUGUUGGGCAUAUUGCCUCAUUUUAUGCUGUGGCAACUAGUCCAUUUGCCAAUAAAGAAAUAGUUUGCCCGUUGUAUUACAGCUCAGUUCACAAAAUGAUGGGUAUGUUGAGGGAAGGGGAAGGAAACUCAAUGGAUAUAUGGUACGCCAUAAGUAUGGCACAACACACUACUGGGGGAAUGUGUGACGAUAAAAGAAUGUGUGGAGAUAUGAACAUGAAGAUGAUGAUGGAGUCACGUUGUGAGACACAGAUGGCUCAAGAUUGUGUUAAAUACGGUGACAUUAUGUCACUAGUAGCCAGCGUAGAUGUUCUUGGAUGGGAUGUCGUCUGCCAUGAGACAUUAAAGAUGAUGGAGUGCGUUACUCAUAGUACUUCUGGUUGUGACAUGUCUGUUAUGAGAGAGAUGGAGGAAACCAAUAAAACCAUCCACCGUACUUUAAUGAUGGUAGCUAGCCAUUGUCAAGUGGAACCAAUCCUGGCCAAAAUAAAUUGUUUACAACCAAAAUGUGAUGCCACAUCAGCAAUGAGUAAUUGCUUUCAGAUGCCCAAUGUAACAACACUAGCUGCAGGUCAAGCUCCUGUGAUGGUUAAUGAGACUUUACACUGUAUCAAACAACAUACUGCAGGGUGUCCAAUGUCACCCUCUCUGUUACCUCUGGGUUACAGUCAAAAGAAAUAUCUAGAUUACUUGAGGCCAUAUGCCUACACUCCCCCCAUGGAAUUGGACGGAAAGGACGCACUGUCACGUAUGACAAGAUGUUGGUUCAAGUUUAUGAGCGGAUUUGAGACUGUAAUGUCUCACAGUAAGAACUUCAGUCAAGCCAUGUGCCAUCUGUAUAUGAGUAUGGACAAGGAAUGUGGGAAGAUGGAUGAUCUCCCUUCAGUGUUACAGCCAGGAAUGAAAUAUCAAGAAAUGAUUUGGACUGGAAUGGUUCAAUACCACUGUUCUCAAAUGGAAGAAUUGCCUGGAAAUUGUCCAGAGAUAUCUAAAGACCAGGCUGGAACAUGUGUUGAGCAGUGUUCUGCAAUGAAAAAAUGUCCUGAAGGAAAGAAAUGCUGCAGUAACGGGUGUGGUCAUACAUGUGUGGAGCCAGUCGUUGAUAUGGAUUCAUUGAAGGAACUAAUGUCCACAGUGCAAGAAAGUGCAACAUGUAAAGCAGAUGAAGUUGCAAGCUAUUUGAGUAAUUAUUGGUUACGGCUCAUGCAAAUAGCUUUUACACCAAUUAAUGAAAUGGAUGAAUUAUGCGGAUCUUUAAGUUGGUUUCACGAGUAUGCCAUGGCAAAUUUAAUUGGAUGUUCAACAGAGAGAGAGAUGGCAUUCAAUGAAACCUGGGGAAUGAUAAAAAAAAUCCAUCAAAAUGUGUGUCCAGUUAAAAUGAUUAUAACCUAUAAUGACCAGGAAAUGGACCAACCUAUGUGUAACUUGGAAGCUGCAGAUAUGUGUCAUGAUCACUUUAUGGAUGUUCUGCUGAAGACCAAUGCUUACCAUACAGAUCAGACAUGCAUGGAACUUGUAAAAACAUUUAAAUGUAUGGAGCAUGCAAUUGGUAACUGUUCCAUGGAUAUACCUGAAAUGGAUUACAUUAAGGUAGAACUUCCAUUCCUUAAAUCUAUGAUUGGAAAUCAAUGCAGAAAACACUUCCAUGGAGAAAAAUUCUGUGCCAUGAGAGAAAAUAAUGUUGUUAAAAUGAUGAACGACAUGAUGUGUAGUAAAACAGAAGCAGAGAGAUGUUACAAUCUGUUCACCACAGCUAAACCAAUGCUGGAACAUGAUGGCAAAGCUUUAUGCAGAGCUGCUAAGGCAACCACAAUGUGUGUAAUGGCUAAAACAAAUAACUGUACCAAUUUAGACAACAUCUCUGGAGGCAAAAAUGUCAGUCAGAUUAUGGACGAAAUGAGUGCUUACUGUCCCGACAUGGAGGACUCUGGCAUGGAGGAAAUGGAAGACAGAGAAGAAAUGAAACGCCCAACAGAAAAAGAAUGCCACCUCUUGGAACCCAUGGCUCAAUGUACCACUGUCAUUGCACCAUGCUUCAAUAAUUCUUUCACACCAUCAUCUUUAUGCAGUAAUGCUGUUGCUAUCAAAGCUUGUAUGAACCUGGCUAUGGUUGGCUGUAAUGAUGAGAUAUUGACUGUAGUACGAAAGUCUGUUCAAGAAAUCGAAUUUUUAGAGAGCUUGUCAUGUAAUAUUUUACCAGAUCUGCCAUCAACCUAUAAAGCACCUGGUGUCAUGUUACCUAUUGAAUGCUUGAACUCAAAUAUAACAGUAAUAAGAGAAUACUUUAAAGAUCCAGUAAUGAAGGAUGAUAAAAAAGAAGCCUGUGAAAUGCUUCCAGUAAUGGCUGACUGCUUGGUAGAAGGGGUUGAAGGUUCUAUGAAAGCUGUUACAUUUAUGGCACACAGACUAGCUAAUACUAUUAGACAACACACAUUCAUUAAAUGUGCUGCUGAAGAUAAAAUUCUUAACAAAAUGGCAAUGUUGAAUGAUACUGCUACAGGAUAUUGUAACAUAGACUUUGCUGCCACAUGUAUGCAGGGUGUUAGUGAUUAUAAUUAUUUCGGUUUAUCUUCACCACUUGCUGACAGAGAAAUGAUAUGCAGCAAUAGAUUAACCUCCCUACAAUGUGUCCAGAGUCAAGUUUCAGGCUGCUCUGAAGUGGUGAAAGCCAGAUUCUUGCAUGAAUUAGACUGGGUUGAAGGCAUGAUGCAAACCAUUGGUGUAUGUUCUGAAGAGAAACCAUUUGUAUGUGAUCCUAAGGGUGCACUGGAUUGCAUCAGUCAACUCUCAGCAGGUCAUGUGAUGAGCAGUGGGACUGAAAUGGAAUCAGCUAUAUGUGCAGCCAUUGCACCAGUAGAGAAAUGUGUUGUAGAAAAGGCUUCAUCUUGUCCUAUGAAUAUGAGAGCAAGCAUAGAACAGUCAUUAGUACAAGUUUCCUCAAUGGCCCGAAGUGUAUGUCCUGAUAUGAAAUCAGAUAUGGAAGAAGAAGAUAAGAAGAAAGGUGAAUGUAAUAUGGAGAAGGCUGGUUGGUGUACUUCACAGCUUCUCAACAAAACAUCAAUGAUGUUGGAAGGCAAAGGGAACAAAAAAAGAACUUGUGGUGAGAUGGCAGAAUUAUUAGAAUGUGCAGAUAUGAUGUCUAUGAACUGCCCAGGAGACCAAGGGAAAAAGAUAGAUGCUAAUAGGCCUCUGCUUAAAUUACUGGUAGAGGGGGCUUGUUCUCCAGAUAUGGAAGAAAACAGUAAAGAAAUGGAGACUUGUAGCAUGAUGGCAGGUGCUUGUUUGACACAAUAUCUGUAUCUAGCUAUGGGAUCAUAUACUGGAAUGUGCAGCCAAGCAAUACCAUCUCUAGCCUGUUUGAGAACAGCUACAGAAAUAUGUCCUUCACCUUACAAAUAUGUUGUUGCCAAAGCAACAAAGCACCUAGCAACUGUCUCCAUGGAGAUGUGUGGAUCAAAGGGAUGUAGUUCAGAUAUGGCAUGGCAUUGUAUUGAGGAUGCAGACAAGUAUAUCAAAGCUGCUGGUUCUAAAAUGUUGGAAUCUCCUAUGACUUGUGGAGCUGUGAUGGGAUCUCUGAUGUGUGCAGUGAACCAUACUGUCCAUUGUGAGAAGGGAGACAACCCUUUCCUUGAAAUGAGUAUCUGGAGUUUAAAGGUUAUGAUGGACAUGUGCCCCAAAAGUAAAUACAAUGAAGCUAUUAGUGCUGGACAAAACACUACAGCUGUUGAGGCUAUAUUACCUAUACAAAUUCUUCUUGGACUACCCCAAAUCAAUAAGGAAACUCUUUGUCCACAAGCCAAGAUUGCCAUGGGAAGAUUUGCUGAGAUGAUGUUGUAUAUGAAUGUAUCUCAGUUAGCACAUGCUCGAGUCAAUUCCUAUGUCAUGGAGAAAAUUGUUGGCACUUACUGUUAUGAUGAAGACAUGUGGAAAGAUCAAACAGGGCACCAGUCUUGUAAUGUUUCCAUGGUGAUGGCUUGUGCCAAGGAAGUUGAUAUCCCAAGUAAAAUAUCAACAUCAGUUUUCAAUGGUUGGAAACCAGUUUGUGAAGCCACAGAGAAACUUCUUUGCUGCAUGCAUAACAUGUCCAGUUCCUGUUUUGACCAUAAAGAUGUGUAUGCCAUGAUCCAGCUUGGUUCUGAUGUGAUGGCUAUGGUUGGUGACCAUUGUCCACUAAAGGAGAUGCAAGCCAGAUCCAUGAAGUGUACACCCCGUCCACAACCUUGCAACACACAUCAAGCUUUAGUAGAGUGUUAUAUGCCACUCAAAACUAGGAGUGAUGUUACACAACUUUGUCAGAAUUUGACAGAUAUAGAUCACUGUUUCCAAAGACAUCUUAGAGGCUGCAUGUCCGCACAGGUUGCGCCACAUGCUAAUAUCCUGAAGACCUAUCACUCCAUGUGUAAUUCCCAAGCUGAUACCAGUAGUUUUGUACAUGAAGACCAAGUUGUUGGCUCCACCAAGUGUUUGAUGGGAAUGAUGGAAGACAUGAGCCAGGGUUUCCUGAAGGAAACAUCGGCUAGUAAGACUGUUUGUAAAGCUGUAGCCUCUUUCUCAGCAUGUAAAGCCCAAUGGGAGAACCCACCACCCAUGUAUACAUAUAUGACCAGUACAGGAAGUCAAAAUUAUCAACAUUUCAACAAAACUUUCUGUAGUAAAGAUGAACCAUCCACUGUACCUGUGGCAGAGCAGUAUUUUUGUAUGACAGAGGUAGCCUCUAUGUGUGUUACAUCAUACUUUACCAGACUGACUACAUGGAUGGUCACUCCUGUGCAAGAUAGAGAAAAUGUUUGCAUGGAACUGGUAACUGUUGAAACUUGCGUUAAAAAUGCAUUAGCAUCCUGUUCUACGGGAAGACAACAAAUGUACCGUAACGUAAUGGAAAUGAUUUAUUUCUACCAUGAAAAAGCAUGUCCCACAAUGCCAUAUCAACAACUUUUAUUAUACCAAGAUGAUGUCUGCUAUGAAGAAACAGCAGCUAUGUGUGCUGAGGGAUUUGGAAAAUAUCUCUCUACUACUUCUGGAUAUAAUAAACAAGAAUCCUGCAGACAUUUUGGAGAAAUGAUUAAAUGUCUCCACUACAGUACUAAGAACUGCACAUAUAGUGAAGCUGCUUAUGACAAUGUUGUGUCCAUUGUUAACUCAGCCAACAGCAUUAUGGGUAAUACAUGUCCAUUGAUGACAGCUGUGGCCUGUGAUACUAAAAACUGGAGAGAAAUUGUACAAAGAAUGUCAUGUGAUCCUAAGGCUGCUGAGAAAUGCAUGAUGGGAUUCAGUAUGUCUCUUCCUGAGAACAUGGAUAAUGAUACAGCUAUGUGCAGUAUGUAUAAAAAAGCAACAGAAUGUGCUGCUCUUCACACCUUAUCAUGUGACCAUAGCAACCCACAAGCUGCAAUGGUGAAUCAAUCAAUGUAUGUCGCCAUGGCAACCUAUGGAGCACGUUGCAUGGAAAAAUAUGGAAUGACAGAGGAAGAGAAGUGUUGGAUGAAAGAACCUUGUACAAUGUGGAUUGAAAACUGUAUUCCAGAGAAACCUGAUGAAAUCUGCAGCAAUGUAACUAAGAUAGAAGCAUGUUUGUCAAAACAAGAGGAAAGUUGUAACCAUGAUUUCAAACUUAUUAGAGCUGGUUUAAUCAGAGAUUUCCUUACAAUGAGAAAUGUGUCAUGUGAUGUCAUGAAUUUGAAAGGAAGUCCACCAACUGCGAGCCCAAACGUUAUCGGACAAUGUUAUCUUGAUCUGAAAAAUCUGACUGACAUGUAUUUCAUGAUGGAAAAUCCAGGUCACGUGGAUAUUUGUUAUGGAUUAGAGAAUUACCAUCACUGUGUGGAGACAAGUUCAGAGAAUUUACCUCCACUUUGGAAAGGUAUUUGGAGACAGACAUCAACCAUGAUGAAGCAGGCUACUAUGACUAACUGUAAAUUUUAUGAGCGUAUGAUGAUGGAGAUGAUGAGAAAUGAUACUGAUGAAAACGACGGUGAUGACAGCGGUGAGAUGAGAGAUAAUGGGGACAUGGGAGAUAACUCUAGAAUGAUGGCAAUGAAUUAUACAGAACCAGAAGACUGUAAACCUAUGGAAGCAGCCAAGUGUAUGUUUGAAUAUAUUGGAAUGACAGCAUUUUCCAGUUAUAUACCAUUGAUGGACAGACCUGGAACUUGUUGGUGGAAAAAGCAUGUGACUUUACCUUGUGUUUCUAAUCAUACAAUGUCAUGUUCAGCUCGUACUCGCCAAAAGUUCAUUAAAAUGUACGAGGUUACACGUAGAAUGGAGCUUGCCAUUGGAAUGUGUCCAGAAAAAGAACAAAUGGAAAAAGAAAUGGACAAUGAUAUGAUGGGUAAAUGUCAGCCACAGGAAGCUGCUAAAUGUAUGGGCAUGCUCAGUGGUGCUAUCAUUGGAAAUGUUGGGAAGGAGACUUCUGCAUUAAUUUGUUCAUCUAUUGGGCCGGUUCUUUCUUGUGUAGUGGAACAAACAUGGACAUGUGAAAAAGAAAAACGUGAAACUAUCGAAAGACAAUGGAACGAUCUGUAUCCUGUUGCCAUGACAACAUGCAUGAUGGGAACACACAAGGAAUCACCAAUAAUGUCAUGUGAUGCAAUGAACCCUAAGGUUAAAUGGUCAUGUGAUAUGCCACAGGCUUUGAUGUGUAUCACAUCCUUACAAUCUAAGAUGAUGAAAGGGGAUGAUGAUUUGUGCAGUGGGGUACCAGAUUUCAGAUCCUGUAUCUAUAAAUCUUUAUCUGGUUGUGAACCAACUCACCAGGAGGCUAUGAAAGUCAUAGUUGCUAAAGUACACAAGAGAAUAUCUGACCGUUGUCCUAAGGCCAAUUGUGAUAUUUGUGGAGCACGCCAAUGUCUAAUGAUGUUUAAUGCUACAAAAGAAGACAUGACUUGUUUCGAUGCAUGGAAAGUCAAAGAAUGUGUGAAUAAUCAUGUGACAUCUUGUGGCGAGGAAGAGAAAAAUCAUAUGAUGUCAGAAAUGAUGGAAAAAUUCAAAAAUAUACCAGAAACAUGUAAAGACAAAAAGGCCUUGGACAUGUGUGCUCUGGAGUUCAAGGACAUAACCAAGAAAUUAUUGGGUCUAGAUAUGAAAUUGGAUUGGGGAAUGGAAGAAGAUGAUGACAUGGACGACAACAUGCAUAAAGACCGAAACAUGACCUCUGAUAAAAAUAUGCCUGACGCUGACAAUACCAUGAUGGGCAAUCUUACCGUUGAUAUGGUAAUAAAGCAUCUUCUAUCAAACAAGAGCCAGUGCCUUGCACCCCUAAUGGGAGAUGAUAAGGAGACCUUAUGUAAACGUGCUACAUUGUCAUGGCGAUGUGUUGAGAGGAUGGUCAAUGGUCUUCCCAAGAAUUCCAGAGACUUAGCAAUGGGAGUGAUGAAGAUUGUCGGAAUGGCUGUAGAAAGUGCAUGUUAUGAGAAAGAUUUAAGCUGCUUCAAGUGUAAAAAUGCAAAGAGUGAUGAAGAGUGUAACAUGUUACCCCAGCAACAUUGUGAUAGACAUUCACAGAUGUGCUACACAAUGGUUGAUGAGGGUAUGAUCACUAAAGGGUGUGGACCUAAAAUACCAUAUGUUGAACAACAACAGUGUGUUAAAAAUGGUACCAAGUGUGUGUACAUGUGUCAUAAAAAUGACUGUAACAUGAUGAAACACAAACCUGUCGUUGAUCCACCAUCUUGUGACAGAAAAGCUGCAAUGACUUGUGGGAUGCAUAUGAUACAUAAUAUGGUUACCAUGGAAGAGCCAGACUGCAGCACUCUUGGUGAAGGACUGAUGUGUAUGCAUAAACACACUAUGGAAUGUAUGUCACACAAAGAUGAUGAGAUGUCAAAGAUGGUCGCCAACUUGUUCCUCACCCCAAUGAUGAUGAAAUGUCACGUUAAGCCACACUACUGUAACUGUGGUAGAUGUGAUGCUGUGGCUCUCGGUAAAGUCAUGUACAGUCCAUUUACAUCAGCCAGCGAUGUCUGCAGAAUGGCAGAAACUACACAGAAGUCUGUCAUAAGUGCUGCUCUCACAGAACAGUGUACUAUGGGAGAACUUAAAGACUUGUCAGAGUCUGUCAUGUUUGCUAAGACCGUACUUGGAGAUGCCUGCAACAGUGAAUUUGAAAGAAUGGUACCUGUGAAAUACGAUGAAAACUGUGACCUAGAAAAAGCCAGGAUGUGUAUGAAAGCAGUAGACCUCCACUGGAUGUUGGAGCAUCGUGAGAAAUUAGGCAAACAGGCAAUCUGUGGCUCUGUGUACAAGAUGAUGGGUUGUGUUCAAGUUUCCACAGAAAGUUGUGCUUCAAUGGCCAUGAACACUUUAAAUAGCACUAUAUUUUCCACACUAAGCAAUGUAUCCAGUAUGUGUAAUAUGUCAUUAGUCAAAGAACUAAUGAAUCCUGCAGUUUUAUCCCAGGAAGAAACUGAUGCCAUUCGAGGACGUAUGUUGGAGGCUAUUGGAGAUAAACAAGAGAUGUUGUCACUGAAAAUGAGUGUUAUCAAUAGUGUAAUGAAGAGUGGAGUGAAGGGUGACCAGGCUAAUUGUAAACCAAGUAUAGCACUCAAUAACUGCUUCAUAGAUAUGUUCAUGACUGCUGGUACUGAUCCAAACUUCUGUAGUAUUGCUCAGAAAGCAUGGGACUGCCAGGCUGUAAUGACAAGUCAGUGUACACCACUUCAACACUAUCCAGUCAUGCAUGCUUUUUAUAGCUUUGCAGCCAAGGACAGCAAAUAUUGUGGACAUCCAUUAGAACCAACCAAGGAUCAGCUUGAGUACCUAAUGAUGUCAUCAUACUACAAUUUGUCAGUCUGCGUUGGAGAGGUCAUAAAGGCUCAACAUGAGGCCUGGUUCAAUCCAACACCAGAAAAUUUCGCUAAAGACUGCAAGGCAGCUGUAGAACUUGAUAAUUGUGUUUUCCACCAAGCUGACUGGUCCCCCAUGGCUAAAGUGGCACGACAGCAGUUGGCUGAAAUGACAGCAGAAGUCAAACGAGUAGCCUGCAUGGCAAUACCAGCAAAUACAUCUGAUGUUAAAUGUGAGAAAGAGGACGUUUUGUGUCAGAUGUUACUGAACAUGAGCAAGAAUAUGCAGCCUGCCAGUAGUACACCUGCAGUAGAUCCACCCACCUGUAACAAAGAUCUCGCAGCUUUCUGCUUGGCUAAUUAUAUGUCUCGUAUGUUUGUCUCUCCAUUUAUGCCAAUCCAUGAUCACCAGUAUACAUGCAGAGAUUUGAAUUCUUUAAAGAUGUGUAUAGAUUCAUCUGUGCCAACAUGUUCAGAACCUACAAAACAGAUGUUUCAGAUGAGUUACGCUUGGAUGGAUUACAUGGUCCGCCCUGCUUGCUCGGCACUCUUUGACCUUUCAGAAUCUUCAUGCAUGAAAGCUGGCCAAUGUUUAGAGAAGUUUGGACAGUAUAGCAUGAGAACUGAAAAAUUGGAACAGAAAGAUUUCUGCAGACAACUGAGUAAGACUGUAGAAUGUGUAGAUCAUCAUGUGUAUAACUGUACAGCUCCUGAGAUGUCAUAUAUACAGAAAUCUAUGUAUUUACUGGGUAAUGGAUCCCAUGAUUGGUGCCCCGAACAAGAGGAGAGGAUCUGUGAAAUAACUAGAAGGGAAGCAAGGGAUAUAACCAAGACCUGUGAUGAGGCUACCAUGUUAACAUGUAUUCAAACUUACUAUGACCAAACCUAUGGAAUGGAGUUACAAGAAAACGCUUACUGCAGCCAACUCAUGACAGUUUCUAAAUGUAUCUUCGAAAAUUCCAAGAAUUGUCCAUCACAAAAAGUAAGAGAAAUAAGUGAGUUAAUUCUGCCUGGAUUGAGGUCACAUCAUGUGAACUGUACCAGUGUGGAUGCCUAUGCCUUGUCACAGAUGCCACGGUGUGAAGUGAAGCAGUGUAACAUACAGUAUAUUAUGUAUGGUAUCAUGGAACUAAAGGAUAAUGUCACAAGGAUGACAGAGGAAGGAAAAUCUACAAUAGAGAUCUGCAACUAUGUUUCUAGUGUAAUAUCAGAACAUCUAGAAAUGGUCGCAGGAUGUAACAGCCUACAAUCUUAUCUCUUACAAAAUAUUAAGGACAAAGCUCUUGACCAGUACUUAGUUAAUUGUCCAUCAAACAUUGUGGUUGACCUUCCAGCACCAGCUGUUGACGAUGUUACAAAACUGCAAACAUGCUUUAGUGACCUGGAUACUAAUAUGGGACCAGCUAUCAAAUCUCCUAAGUAUGGAUUUAUGGAUGUUUGUCAAGUAAUGUAUGGCAUGCAUAGAUGUCUUGACGGAGCAUAUGCUGACAUGGGCACCAGUCCUGUAUUAGAUACUGCAUUGAUUAUCUUAAACCACACAGCUAAUUCCAUUACAGAAUUUCUAGUUGACCAGUGUAGUUCAUUUAAUGUCAGCAUGAUGGUGGAGUUAACAAGCUUACCUGCAGAAUCACCUGAGUGUAAGGUAGACACAGCUAUGAAUUGUGUAAAACUGCUGACUGUUAAAAAUUUAGCAGCUCCAGUGCUGAUGGAAAACAAAGACAUGUUUUGCAGGGAUGUACAGAUGUUACAUGAGUGUGUUGAAGACAAUGUACAAGCCUGUUCCCCUGUUCUGAAAUCACAACUGGUAUCAGUAUUUCGUCUCAAUCUCCAGAUGAUUGGAGAUAAAUGCAAACUUAACAUGACAGAUGAAACUCCCAAGGACAAGGCCAGAGAAAUGUACAGUAAACUUGUACAGAUGAUGUUGAUGGGAGAAAACAGAAUGGAUGAAUCAGACAAAAAAGAUAUGGAAGGGAAUAAUAUGAUGAAUGAUGAUGAUGAAAGUAACAAGGACAAAAUGAAUGAAGAUGACGAUGAAAGUGGUGAAGAUGAUUCAGAUGAAAGCGAUGAAGAUGAUUCAGGUGAGAGUAGCGAAGAAGACGAUUCAGGUGAAAGUAGCGAAGAAGAGGAUGAUGACGAUGAUGAAGAAGAUAAUAUGGAGAGAAGAGAUGAUAUGAACAAACCAAUGUGUAAUACCUUCAUGGCUAACGAGUGUUUGAUGUCUGCCUUAGCUCACUUUGAUAUGUAUGCCCCUAAACUUUGUAGACAGAACAGCAAACACUUACAGGAAUGUAUUCAACCACAGGUAGAACCAUGUGACGACACAACAAAGAUGAUGGUCCAUUACAGUGUAGACAGAAUGAUGGUUCUAUUCAGAAAAUCUUGUCAGACCUAUAUGUGGUGGGCCAAUUACCUUGGAGGAGACAACAUGAUGAUGGAAAACGAUAUGGAAGUAGAGAGGAGAAAUGCAAUGGAAAUGUCCAUGGAAAGAGAAAUGAGCUCCGAUGAAAUGAAGCAGAAACGUCAAUCUGAGGUUGAUGAAAUAUUCUCAAAGAUGAACAAAAUUCGUCACAUAGUGAACUUUAUAAGAGCAGCUGACAAUCCAUUUGAAAUGAUGAAUUCUGAAUCAGCUGAUCUGAUGGAGAUGAUUAAGAAAAUCAGUCAAAUGUCAACUAAUGACAUGGAUUGUAUUAAGGAAGGUUCAUUGGAAGGUCAAGGUCACUGUAGUCCAUCUAUGGCCCUUGAAUGUGCAAGAGCAGUAGAAGAGGAAUUAAUGUCACCAUGGGCAACUAAACACAGAAUUUGUUUGAAAUUUUCUCUGGCCGUAAGGUGUGCCAUGAUGACAUCACAGGGCUGUGAUCACAUGACAACAUCACAUCUGCAUAUGAGAUUCCAUGAAGUGAUGGGACAUGUGGGUAAUAUGUGUCCAACUGUUGUCAAGGAGUCAUGUGAAGUAAAGACAGAAUGUAAAGCCAAGGAACUGCCAUCUUGUAUUACACCCCUUCACAGUAAAAUAAUGGCGUCCUUACAAUUACCUACAGCUUCUACAGUACAACUUUGCAGCUACAUUGAAAUUGCUGCAGAAUGUAUUAUGGAGAAAGUAGAGAAAUGUCCAGAACAAGUCAUAUUUAAAGUACAUGAAUCCUUGAAACCAUCACUUGGUAUGCUUGGGUCAAUGUGUAUGACCCUUCCAGGUAAAGCAUGCUUCACCUCAAUGGUAUGGAACCUAGGAUCAUUAGUACUACUGGAUGCAAACAUCCACAAAACUGGUGCUAUGCAUACAAUGUUAGAGGUCGCAAAAAUGUAUAACAAGACCAUUGACAUGUCCGGUUGGAUGACAAAGACAAACCAGGUCAAUGUCAGCGAAGAAUAUCUGAAAACCAUAACAUUACUUCAUAAAAUGAUGGAGAUGAACAAGAACAAUUGUAGUUGGGCUGAAUUGAAGGGAGACAAAGAAAGGAAAGACGACAUGAUGAUGGACAUGGGUAAGAUGGAAGGAUCUCUCAUGGAUGGCUUAUUACAGAUGGUUAAAUAUGCCAUGAUGAAUGAUGAUGUCAUUGAGAAGGAUGAACAAAUGAUCAAAAUGAUGAGAAUUAUGAUGUUAAAUUUGGAUAAAGAUCAAAGCAUGCAAGACUUAUUAGAUCAGUCAACCCAUAUUAUUAAAGAAAUCCAUGAAAGGUAUGACGACAAAACUAUGAAGAAAAUGAAUGUUUCUGUUGUCGAGGUGAUGAAUGAGGUUAUCAAGAUCAUCGUUGGAAUGGGUAACGGCCAUGAAAUCGUGUCGUCUGCCUAUCACACCAUGGCUUAUAUGAAAAUUGGUGAAAUGAUGGACCAGAUAAACGCUAUGGUGAUGAAAGAGGAUGAGAUGGAAUACUUCAACCGUUGGGACUACUUAAACAAAGGUCUAGUCGAAAAUAUGAAAGAGAGGUCACAGAAGGAAUUAACAAAAGCAGCAAUGGGCUUGAUGGACAUUUAUAUGGAGCCAAAUAACUCACAAAACUUGGAAGGGUUAAUGAUGAUGAUGAAAGUGAAGAAAUUGACAACCUGUGCUGAUAUGAUGGAGGUCGCUCAAUGUGCCAUGGCUCAUUUACCAUUGCUACCCAAGGAUAAAAGGUUCCUGAUGAAUGCCACACUACAAGCUCUGUCUCAUGUAGCUACAGAAGUUUGUAUGGGUCAAAAGUGUUACGAGUGCAAAGGUGUUAAAGAUAACAUGGAAUGUAACAAACAAGGGGUCAAGAUGUGUGAGGCUGGACAGGGAUGUUUCACUUUACUGAAGGAUGACAAAGUUCACAAGGGCUGUAUGUACCCAUUGUAUGGUAAUACAUUUGGAGAAGAUUGGAAAUUCUGUCAGGGAUCUAUGUGUAAUAAACACAAAUACACGGUAGAAGAAGAAAAAGAUAUGAAUUGCAAACCAAUGGGCGCUUUGAUGUGUCUAGCAGGAAUGGUGCCUAUUAUUGCUGCAGAAGGUCCACUUGAUGAAAGAAUGAUCUAUUCCAAGUUUGCCUGCAUUGAGAAACACACAUCAACAUGUAGUAUGUCAAAUACCCGUAUGAUGGCAGAUCUGGUUCCCAUGCUCAAACAUGGUCUGUAUGAGAGCCAAUGCUCAGGAGACAAAGCAGGAUACGAGUGUGGUAGUAGAAGUAUUAUAGGAUUAGGAAUGACAGUAAUGGACCCUGCUGCUGAUCGUAUGGGUGUUUGCAGCCAAUUGAAUGAUACCUUCCAUAUGUUAGACAAGGCUGUAGAACACAAAAUGUGUUCAGACUACGAAAAAGCAGCUGCUUUUAAAGGAAUUAAAUCUAUCAUGCAGACUAUAGGUCCAGACUAUUGUCCAGGUGUGAUGCCAAGCAGAAAGAUCUUCUGUGAGAACGUCACUUCUACUGUUUGUAAUAAAACUGCUGCACUACAAUGUUUCACUAAAUACAAGGUCAUGGGUCAUGUGAAGGACAUGAUGACCGACAUGGAAAACACAAAUCUAUGCUGGAAAAUGACAGAAUUAUUGGUAUGUAUGGGUGAGGCCACAGCCGGAUGUAAAGCCACAGAUGACGUGACUGAAGUAUUCAAUGCAUUCAAAGACCAAGUUGGCUAUGCUAUUAGCCAUUGUCCUAUUCUACAGAUGAAUUUAGAUAUUUGUUAUCCAGAGCUGAAGAAACCCUCUGUAUGUCAGCCAGCUCUUGUGUAUACCAUGUGUAUUCAACCACUCACAGAUGAUGGGUGCAGUGCUUUAGAAGAUGAUAAGAAAAGGCAAACAAUGGUUAACUGUAUCUCUGAUCUGACAACAGGCUGCUCUCACAUGCAAAAUUUACCAGUCUACAACUCAAUACACUUUGCAGUAACAGAAUACCUAGUGGGUUGUGGAAACCAUUCAGUAACAGAAGCUCUGAUGACAAAUAGGGCAACACGUGUAGAUCAUGCCAUGGCUAGAAUGGCAGCCUUAGUAAUGACAAGGUCAAUGAUAAUGAAGGUGGAAGAACCAACCAGUGAGAUGGUUGUGUCCAGUAUGUUCCAUAAACUGUUAACUUUAAGGUUGAAUGUUACUGGUGCAAUGGGACCUUUAAGUAACAUGAGCAGUAACAUAUACAUGAAAUCUAAGACACUCUUCAAAGAAUUGACUGACAAAAGAAUGGGUAUCCAGGACGACACAGGGGAGAUAACCAUGUGUGCUUUACAGUUUGAGACACAAGCAACAGUUGCCAUGGCAUUCCCAUCCAUGUUUGAUGCUAUUUAUUGUGAAAGUCUUCAUCAAUUUGUAAAAUGUCUGAGUAAAUCUGAAGGUCAAACUGUUCCCAUGAUGUUUGCUAUGUCUAUGAAAGACCAGUUUGCUGGGUACAUGGAAGGAGUAUGCCAUAACUAUAUGGAUAAAAUGGUAGACAUUAGCCAGACUAUUAUGGGAACUCUUGGUUACAAUGAAAAUACAACACAGAUGGAUAUGUCCAUGAUUUCUGAUGGUCAGUGGAAAGAACUCCUUGGACAUCUUCAGAAAGAAGGUGACCAGUGUGACACAUGGUACAUUGCUGCUUAUUUGUCUAAUGUUGCUUCUUACGCUCUCUCUGGACCAUUCAAGACUAAGGAUACCUACGCUAUAAUGUGUUUAAUAAUGGACAAUCUUAAUGCCACUUUGAAAGAUAAGAUUGACCAAUGCUCUGAGGACCACAGAAUGGUAUAUUAUAGUAUUAUAGAAGGACUGAAAAUGACCAAUCCUGUCUGUCACAAUCCUGUUAUGAACAUCACCAAACCAACAACAUGUCAACUUGAAAGUGCAGGAUAUUGUGUAGCUUCUGCCAUGCCAUGGCUUUCAUCACAGGCUACACCAGACUAUCAGCUCUGCUGGCAUCUGUCAAGAGCUGUUACAUGUGUACAACACUCGACCGAGCACUGCUCUGAUGGAGAAAAGACUUACUUUAACGGACUGUUGUCCUAUAUACAGACAAUUGUUGGAAACAGGUGCCCCCUACUGACCUCUUUGGUGGCAUGUGGUGACUCAACUUCUAUGGUUGGAGCUAAGUGUAGUGUCAAGGAUGUUCAUAUGUGUGUUGAUGCCUGGGAAUCUUGCAGUGAUGUGAGAACCACAACUGAGUGUGUCAAUAGAAAUUCCUACAACUGUUCUGCCUAUGAAAUGAAGCAGAUUACAGGUUUUAUGGAGAUGACUUGGAUGAACGUAUUAAAGGUGUGUCCAGAGAAAGAUAUUGUAGCAGAGGCUUACUCCAAGGGAUCCUGCUCCGCACCUCCAACCUGUUCACUGACUGAAGCUUACAACUGCUCCUUGAGAUAUGACAGCUCUGAUUGCAGUCAUAUGGCUAAUAUAAAAACAUGCUUUGAACAACACACAAGAGGAUGCAGUAAUCUACAGUUCAUGAUGGGCAAGGCAACUCUGGAUUUCUACCAGAGAACAAAAUACCCACUAUGCACUGCGAUUACCCCAACAGUUCCUGCUUAUGCUGGAGAUGUAACUGAUUUCAACCGUAUUUACCAAUGUGUAGACAAGUAUGUGAAAGGUUCACCAGUUGCUAUGAUGUCAGACAUGCCCUUCACAAAUGGUUGUGAUGCAUUCUGGGAGUUCCUUACCUGCAUGGGUACUGGUGUGACUGCAGAUGAAGCUGCCUGGGCUGGAAUAUUUGCUGGUCAAGCAUUUAACACCACUGUUGAGUUCAUGAUGAGAUUCUGUGCUCUACCAAUAAUGGAUGAAGCAGAUGUCGCUGACCCAGCUGAUAAAUGUGACAGGAACAUGGCUGGUCAGUGCUUGACCAUGUCUAACUUACAUCUUAUGCUGUCCAGUGUAAUGACCAUUUCAGAUAAGAAAGCUCUCUGUUCAAAGUCCAACAGUCCAAUGGUAAACUGUGCACCUACAUUAAUGGGUUGUGCAAAUACUACAAGUAAUGCUGUCAGAUCAGCACAUGCUAUUCAGGACUAUGUCAGAAUGUUUUCUGGUGUCUGUUCAGAUGAACUUUGGAUAUGUUCCCCUGAAGAUGCAAUGUUUUGUGGGACAUACAUGAAUGAGAGAAUUGCCAUGAUGGCUGAGAUGUCACCUAGAGGAAUGAAUUCCACUAUGAAUUCCACAGACAUGGUUGAUGAAAAAAUGCAUGAGGAACUCUGCAGAAUAUUCGAUGAAACUUUGCACUGUACACAGCGUUUUACAUUUGCCUGCAGUUCAGAAGUGGCUUCACAUGUAAAACAGAGUGUAGCAACCUCUGUUUGUCUUGGUUACGACCUUUUCAAAUACUGCCCAUCUGUAACAAAGGUAACAUCAGUUGACCUUCCAAAGUGCAUGAGUGAAGAUAAGGAAAUGGAUGAUGACAGAAAGGAUGAUAUGAAAGAGACAGACAUCACUAAAGCAGAUGACAAAGAUACUCACAUGAUGGAAAUGGAAGACGACCAUUCAAUGUGUUCAUUAGACAGAGCCAUGGAAUGCGUUGGAAUGAUGUAUUAUGAAUUACUUGGUCCAUUCUUGGAUUGUAGCAGAUUCCAUAGAACCUAUGUGAAGACCAUGAAGUGUGUACAUGAGAGUACAAAAGAUUGUAUGAAGAUGAAUCCAUCAGCUGCCAUGUUAGCCCAUGCUAUCAGUAACAUGACCAUACAACAAGUCUACAUGAAGUGUCCCAAUGUUGUCAUGACACCCUGCAGGGAACCAGAUAAUUGUGCCUUUGAGAAAGCUGGUGCCUGUUACUGGAGGUUCCAGCAACACUUCAAUAACACACAAAUAGGAGGGGAAGAAUUAUGUUUAUCUAGUGAAGUUGCCAAGUAUUGUUCCAUGGAACAUACAAAACAGUGUUCUAUUUUCUCUCAGAGUACAUUCCCACAAAUGAUCGACGAACACUUAAAAUCAAGACAUAUAGACUGUAGUCCAAGUGCUGAAACAUGUCUACACAAAUAUCAAAUCACAGCUAUGGGAAUUAUCCAUGGUGACCUUACAAUGGCUGCCAUGGCAAAGAAGAGGGAGCAGAUGACCUUGAGAAUUGCUGACAUGAUGAUGAACAAAGACAAUAUGGGUGAAAUGAUGGACAAUGCUACUAGAAUGAUGUCCAUUGAUGAGAAAACAAUGGCAGAAGCUUUCUUUAACUUCAGCACACUGUCCAAAUAUGCAGACAAUAAAACGCUUCAAUUGAUGAAGAGUCACAUUGAAAGUCUUGCUAGUUUGUCAGAGAUGGAUGAUCCAAUGGCUAUGUACACUAAAGUCAAGAUGUUACAGUGUGUUUCCUUUAACGAGGCUUGGUCAUGUUUAAUGGACAAGGGUGACGAGGCUGGUUUGUCACCAGAGGUUGUACAUGUGUUGAAUGAAACCAUGGGAAUGUUUUACAAUAUGGUCAGUGGCAUGUGUAGCAGAGUUUCUGUUCUAUACUUGAUGGAAGAACCAGAAACUUGUCAGAUCUUGCCUGCCGCCAUGACAUUCAUGAAUCAGAUCCAAAAAUUGACCAUUCCAGACUAUGGACUGCCUCUUUUCUGUUUAACCAAUGAAUUGUCAGCAGCUAUAGAUAAAGUGAAGGAAUACUCAGGUUCAUGCUCUGAAGGGAUUAGAGGACAAUUUGAUAAAUUGAACGCUGAUGUUGAAGUUGCCAGGGACACACUUUGUAGAGCCAAAGGAGACUGUAUGUCUAGCCAAGCUCAGCAAUGUGUUAACACAUUGAAAUCACAAACAGAUUGCAGUACAUAUGAGACAACCCAUGCUUGUGUUGAAGUAGAGCUGAAGUUUUGUAAUGCUAGUGUUUCUGAUCCAAUAAGACAAGAACUCCAGCAGUUGUAUACAACACUGUCCUGUGAGAAACUCCCAGCUAUCAAGGUACCAACAACAGUAUUACGUUUAUUAGAAGGAGGAGCACCAACAACCUUAGAUAUUACUGUAGAAGAAGAUCCAGCACUUUGGUGUGCUAAUGGACAGACAUGUGAAAUUAAGUUUGACCUUGACAUUGAGUCUGGCAAUGACAAAUGUAAAGAUGGCAGCAACAUACCACAGAUAGUGGUAGCAGACGACACUGGAUCAUGUCAGAGAACUAUCACCACUCAGAACUGGAACACACCAGUAUCAUACACACUGUUUGCUAGAGUAGAUAAUAGAUAUGACGACUCACAUAACCUGAACAUCAACAUAACUGCUCACAAGUUUGUUGAUGGAACUAAAGUGUUGACCAGAAUUAUCUCACGAUUAGAGGUUGUUGUUGUAAACACUGACCAACAAGCUAUGUGUACUUCCAUGGGUGGAAAUCAGCUGUCAUCAUUUGAUGGACUGUUUGAGACUGUCAGAUACCAGGGAGAAUUUAUUGUAUACAAAAACAAGGAAUUCCCACAAGAGGUUCACACAUUGUACCAGACUUGUUCACCAUCUGAUUCUAACUUGUGUAUAUGUGCUGUAAUGGUGAGAGUUGGUGACGAUUCUCUCACCAUUGACAAGUGUAGACGAUCGGGUCAGACAGGUGCUGUAGCUCCAUCUGCCUUAUUCUACAAAUCAGGACAAAUAGCAGAAGGAUUCAGGAUCUAUGUGGCCAAUGAUGGACAAAUUGUCAGACUUAUGUUGCCAACAGGAACUAUUGUUAGUGUUGACAUUAGCGACAUGCAGCUAUCUAUUUUACCUUCUUCAUUAGAUUGGCUCAGAUCAGAAGGUUUGUGUGGAAGUUAUGAUGCCAAUAAAUUUAACGAUGCCAUGUCUAAAGACGGAACUAUUAUGAGUCUGGUUGAUAAUGCUGCUCCCGACCAAUUUGCUUCAUCUUGGAGAGUUUCAGUAUAUGAAAGUUUGUUUUCUGGAGUAAGAACUGUUUCUACAUCAGCCUACAAGAGUUACUGCACCUGCCCAGCAGAUAGUUCUGCACCUGUUUGUAAAGAAAUGAGGAUAGUUGAGUCAUGUGACCUGGUCUCAGGAGUGGAUGUUACAUCAACCAUUGAAGGAACAGCUGUCAAUCAAGACAACUCUCAGACAAGGAAGAAGAGACAAACUGUUGACCCGUUGUCAGGUCUAGAUGUUGAUUAUACUUACAUCGUACCAGAGGCUACAUGGUCUAACAACUGGAAUGAGACUUCAGCCAGACAGCAUUGUGCCAACCUAUUGACCGGGUCAGAUCUUGGACAGCUCUGUACUGCUGCCACAGGAUACACCUUCCAAGCUGAAGUUGAGGCUUGUAUUCAAAAUAUCAAGAUAAAUGGCCACACCAAUUCCUUAGGGUCAUAUGUAGAAGCCAUGAAAUCUAAAUGUGUAGCUGAGGUUGCUAAGAACCUACCAAGUCUGUCAACAGAUCCAUCACUACUAGCUACAAUUCUCAGAAAUACCUGUCCAAAUGAUUGUUCAACUCAAGGAACAUGUUCAGACCAAGGAACUUGUAACUGCUACGGUGAUUGGGUAUCAGCAGAUUGUUCAGUCAGUAGAUAUGCUGAACCAACACUUAUCUCCCUAAGAGAUGGUGAUGUGUGUGAUUCCAAUUCUUGCAACAGUGUAUUUGUACUGGGACAGAACUUCAUCGAGCAGACUACACUGUCUUGUCAUUACCAGUCCCAAGGUGAUCAACCAAUAAAAGUUUCUGCCCAGUUUAUAACCAGUUCUAUGGUACAGUGUCAAGCUUUGCCAGUAGUGUCAGCAUACAAACAAAUGACCAUCUCUGUAACCAACAGUGGAAACCUCCAGAAAGCUACUGGUACCCUUGGACUAGCUGUGUAUCAUCCUGGAUGUUACAGCUGUGCUAGCUAUUCAACUUGUCAACAAUUGACUACUGGUUGUAUGUUAGGUGGUGUAUGUUACCAUGGAAAUUCUGUGAAUCCAGGCAACUCUUGUCAGAGAUGUAUACCAGAAAUAUCUGUUAAUGCUUGGACAAAUGUUAUAGGUGGUAGCUGUGUAGGUUACUUAAGUACACCAGAACCCCCAACUACACCUCCCACUACACCCUCAUCUGGAGGUAUUACCCAGGCCCCUGCAGGUAAUAAGGAGGAAGAUACAGCUGAUGAUGAGAAUGACAGAGUGGUAUACAUCGUACUUGGUUGUCUGGCUGGAGGAUUUGCUCUCAUCUCACUGUUCUUGGCCUGUAAAGUCUGUACCGCAAAAGAAAAUUCCGACAUCAACAGUUUAACAAAAUCAAACAGAUCAAGUGAUUCAUAUCCAACUUCUACAUCUAAAUAUGGAGACGAUGACUAUACAUUUGUUGAUCCCGCCGCCAAACGUGUGGACAGACUGGAUCAGGCUUUCUCUCCUACAGAUAUAAAUCAAGGAGCUGCUGUCAAGGACACGACCUUCACAGGAGAGAAUGUCAAAUCUUCUGACCUAAAAACAGUUGAUGUCAACAAAGAUGUUUCCAUAGCGAUAGAUGAUACUAAACCAGAAUCUACUAAAUAAUUGUAUAUACAAGAAAAUGAAUACUUUUCCAUAUUUUCCAGUGUUUAAUUGAUGUUCAUUAUUUAUAUUUUUUUGUUGAUUUACAAACAUGUUGUGGAUUGCUAUUCCAUAAUUGCUGACUAUUUACGCAUUUAAAUGAAUGACUUAUUUGAUGAAAUUUAGCCAAUUCAAUUAAAAAUUUUAUCUGUACAGUAGACCUUAUGUUUGCCAUUGAAGCAAGUGAUUUUGUUAUUAAAUUCCUUGUAAAACAAUAAUUAUGAAAAUAUGUUUGAUAAAUGACGAUAUUUUAAGUGACAUCAAUUAAGGCAUAGAAAUUUUUAAGCUUGAUUUCAAUAAAGAUUUGAUUUUAUAAUUAUAUUAAUUGAAAUAAUUACAGUUUUAAGCAUUUGUAAAACUAACAGUAUUUGUAAAUCAACAAAAAAAUAUGUUAUUAACGAGUUAGGUAAAUAUUUGUAUAUUUUGUUAAACUGUUAAGUUUUGUAUAAAUGACUUGAUAUUAUAUUUUUACUAGAAAAUGAAAAACGAGAAAUCCCUAAUGAAAAUUACAAAUCAAAACACCUAAGAAAAAUAUUCAUUUUCCAUAAUGCUUUAUAUGUACCAUAGAAUUAUAUAUUCAUGCAUAACACUAUUAUAUUCAUGUUCAUUUUACCAAAUUUCAAAACAUUUACAUUCCUCCUGCUGAGCAGGAUUUGUCUCCCCUUACAAGACAUUUGUUUACAUAAGUAAUGUCUCUAAGUUGUAAUCCCUGAAAAAUAAUUUCUGUGCUUCAAUCCUCAGGUCAGCUUAUGUAUCACAUCAUUUUUUACUUGCUUUCUUUAUAUGGAAUUAAAAAUUAGAAAAAGGUUAUGAAAUUGUAAAAUGUAAAAUUUUCAAUAAACUUCGUAUAUCAUAUAUUUGUACUUCAAAUUGGUGCUUUCUAAUUAAAGUUGGGUUGGUUUUUAUGAAAAAGGGUAAAUAUUGUUGCAAACUUUCUUAUUUUAUAAAAUGUAUUUUGUUUUUUUCUUUUGAAGAAAAAUGAUAUAUAGUAAUUUUAUGUUUUAUUAAUCUUGCAGUCAUGUGGAAUUUACACAUUUAAACAGGGUCUGUUUUAUAGUUGUUUUUUAUAUCUGUUUUCAUACUUUUAUAUUUAUAUAUCUACACUCAUUAAUAAAAGAACAUCAUUAGA